CGACCAGACAGUCAAACCUAGUACCAUGUCAAAUCAGUCUUAAAUAGGGUGCGUAUUGAUCAAUACGCAGCGUAUUGACAGACUGAUUUGACCUGAUACGAUGUUGUCCAGGGCACGUGAAUAAAGUAAUACGGUGAGUAGGGAUCAAUACGCUGCGUAUUGACAUGCCAGAUGAAAGUCUAUUUAUCCCUCCAUUCAUGUCUGUUACCCAUCAUCCGACAUAUACUUUGCUUUCCUUUUCAUAUACUUUGCUUUCCUUCAUCUUCUUCUUAAGUAAAUUGUUUGUUUUUUGUUCAACCUUGUUAAAAUGUCAUCAUUUUGGAAGGAUAAUUAUUUCGGUAAUCGCUAUUCUAACGACACAUGGGGAUCAAAUGCUGCCAAUGAGGAGGAGGAGGUUGUGUCUGGAGUCCCUGUUGAUCAAGAAACACAGUUGCCAGACUUGAACAAGACUCCCACUCCACCUGUUGAUGAACCAAAUUACCCGGUGCAUCAAGUGUGUCCAGAUUACGGAUACGGGUAUGAAUCUCCGUACGUGCAACAAAGUGGAUACGGUGCUGAGAAUGCACCUGUUGAUGAACCAAAUUAUCCGGUGCAUCAAGUGUGUCCAGAUUACGGAUACGGGUAUGAAUCUCCGUACGUGCAACAAAGUGGAUACGGUGCUGAGAAUGCACCUGUUGAUGAACCAUAUUACCCGUCGCAGCCAUCGUAUCCGGGUUAUGGGGUAUACGGGGACGAAGGUGGAUACGGAAGUUACAGUGGAUACGGUGGUGAUGGUGGAUACGGGGGUGAAGGUGGUUACAGUGGAUAUGGGGGCUACAGUGUAUACGACAGUGUAUACGAUAGAUAUAGGGAUGAAGUUGGAUAUGGUUAUGAGUCCCGUAACACAUCACUUUAUGAACCAUCUACCCCGAGCAAUCCAUUUCAAGUAAAUGAGCGUUUCAUGUCUCUAACUGAUUUGAAGAAUUGGGUACAAGAAACGGGAAAGGAUAAUGGUUACGUAAUUGUUACCCGCCGAUCAAAAAAUAUUGGCGGUACUACUGGGAUGGUAUGGCUUGUGUGCGACCGUAGUGGUGAACACCGUAGUAAAGCAACAGUUAGGAAAGCUGGUAGCAAAAAAAUCGGCUGCCCGUUUUCAUUACUCGCCAUCCGGGACGUGACGAACGACACGUGGGAGUUAAAAGUGGACUGUGCGAACCAUAACCACGAACCUACGACGAGUCUGUUGGGCCACGCUUUUGUGCGAAGAUUCACUAAAGCCGAAUACAAGCUAGUGGAGCAGCUAACUGCUCAAAACAUGGAGCCACGUAUCAUAUUUCAAACCCUAAGAAAGCAGUUCCCCGACAGCCUGCACGUUCAGAAAGACGUGCAAAAUGCGGUACAAAAAAUUAGAGCGACAAUAAUGGACGGAAAGAAUCCUAUUCAGGCACUGGAAAGCCUGCUGCAUGACCGCCGAUUCAUUUACGACACCCGACAAGAUCCCAAAACAGAUGUCGUAACAGAGAUUUUCUUUGUUCAUCCUUAUUCAAUCACUAUGUGGCGUGCAUUCCCGCACGUGAUGUUGAUCGACGCGACCUACAAAACAAACCUCUACAACAUGCCAUUUGUCCAGGUUGUGGGUAUGACGUCGACUGGGAAGUCUUUUUGUAUCGCACAUGCCGUUAUUUGUAAGGAACGAAGGGGUAACUACGUGUGGGUGCUUGAGCGGAUCAAGUCAAUAUUGCAUGAAUGUAUGAUGCCGCGUGUGAUAGUCACGGAUAGGGAGCUUGCCCUGAUAAACGCGUGUUCUAAAGUAUUCCCGAACGCAAAAAGGCUUCUAUGCCACUUUCACAUCCAACAAAAUAUAGCUAGAAAGUGCAAGGAAGGGUUCGAUAAAGAAGAUUGGGGGAAAUUUAUGUCGUACUGGCGGACAUUGUGCGAAUCUUCAUCAGAGCCCAUGUACAAGUACAACUUGGAGAAAAUGUAUAACCGACUCGUGGUUGCCAACCGAGAAAGUGUCUAUGAUUACGUCUACGAAAACUGGCUCAAAGACUAUAAAGAAAUGUUCGUUUAUGCGUGGACCGAUAAGUGUCGCAACUUUGGUCAGCGCACCACCAACAGAGUUGAGAGCCAGCACGCAAAUUUAAAAAGAUACAUUACGCGCGGGAGUUCAUUGGAGCGAAUAGCAAGAUGCAUCAUUGAUAUAGUUGAAACUCAGUAUGAUGAAAUACAAAAAAGUUUCACUGAGAGCAUCGAAAAAACGAUGAACCACCAUAGACACCGAAUGUUGGACAACCUACGUGGAAAGGUUUCCCAUGAAGCACUUGAUUUGCUGGAAAAAGAGCUACUGAGGAAGAUGGAUGUGUUGCGGAAACUUAACGCAUCAUGUGGUUGCCAUAUGUGGCUUAGCAAAGGAUUGCCGUGUGCUUGUAGACUGGAAAACUACAACCGUACAGGGCGUAUAAUACAACUCGACGAGAUAGAUGUAUUCUGGCGCAAGCUUGACUUGCUCCCUUGUAAACUGGUAGACGAGGAGGUCGAUAUUGUAGCAGAGCUCAAUAAUGUGCGGCAACAUUUAGAGGCGCAGUCCCCCGUUCAACAAAAGAGUAUGCUUUCAAAGAUAAAAGCGGUUUUCACCCCAAAAUCGUCAACCAAGAAACCACCGAUCGUCCAGCAAAACACUCGCGGUCGGCCUACAUCAAAGAAAGUACAAGAAAGGCUAGAUGAAGCUGCGAGGUUAGACCAAGCUGCGAGAUACAGCUCCUAUGGCGAUGACAGCAACGUAAUUACCGCUUCCCCCAAGCAUAAGUACGAUUUACCCCGACACAGCUCAUACGUACCGUCAGAGGGCUCUCGUCGAACUGGUUCGUUUGUGAAGUCUGAAAAACCUAAAAUGCAACCAAACAGUUCAACAAGUUCUAAAAAGAAGGAGACGAGGGAUGAUAAGGUUUUUCCAUUAAUAAAAGGGGACGAGCACUUGUUAUGCAUUAAGAGGUUUAAGAAUCAAAUUCCAUCAGAGUUUCGCUCUUACAUAUCGCGUAUACAAGAUGUGACCCCAGACGGUCAUUGUGGGUACAGGUCUGUGGCUGUCGGGUUAGGUUUUACGGAACACGCAUGGCCCAAUAUUCGUAGAGAUUUACUACUGGAGAUUGACCAUAACAAACCGCGUUGGAAGCAUGUAUUCGAAACAUAUAACGAAGGAGACUUUAAACGAAUACGUAAGAGCAUCGAAUGGCAUUCAGUGAAAGGGUGCGAUGAAAGUCACUGGAUGGAAAUGCCCCACGUAGGGCUUCUCAUAGCGCAAAGGUAUAAUAUUGUCCUCCACGUGCUAAGCAUUGAAUGGAGCUCUACCAUCUUCCCAUUAACGGAUGCCCCACUAGAUCCACGACCUCAAGCGAUAACGCUUGUACAUGUUCACGGGGGACACUUCAUACAUGCUAAGUUGGAAGGAGACUACCCCAUGCCUUUAGUGAACCCGAUGUGGUCGGCACAUCGAUCAAUAGCUGCGAAACGGUGGGAAGAAAUAAAAAUGGAGGAAAUGGAUUACGAAGAAGAUAUUCCGGAGCAGCCGCAGCGGAAACGGCGGGCGCGUCCACCGCCAGAUCCUCUAGAGAAUCACCCGUAUUUGGAGUUUCCUCAGGAGUCCGAGGCUGCGCUCCGUUGCGAGAAGCUUCGGAAGAUGCAUAUUGGUGAACAUUUUGCGGUUUCGUGGAAAACCCUCCGGAAGCUUGAGGUUGAAGAUUGGGUGCGUAAGUUUGUUCCCGUUGAUUCACCGUGGGAUCGUCUGUUUGAGCUAUCGUUUACGCCGACCUACAGGGAGAUACUAGUCGAGUUUCUGUCGUCGUUCGAGUUUCAUCCUCGUCGGCCAAAUGAGGUUGUGGACCCCGCGCAGCCCCCUCCCCCGCCCGAGGUUUCUUUUCGCAUGGCUGGCCAGGCGCGCGAAAUGUCACUUGCACAGUUUGCGGUGCAUAGCGGUUUGUAUACGGAGGCUGAGAUUGCUACGGAUCUUUAUACGAAGGGGCUCGUAAUGAUUGAUAAACCCACGCUAUUAGGGUUUUGGGAUCUGAUCGCGGACAUCCGUCAGUGGGACCACUACCAAUCCAAGGGGAGGAGUACGCUGAUUGAGGAUCCGCUCUUCAGGUAUUUGCACAAGAUGAUUUCCACUUCGAUCACUGCUCGAAACAAAAGCCGGGAGUGGUGUACGAGUGGUGACUUAUUCUUUUUGUAUUGCCUCUUAUACAAGAGGCCGUGCGCUCUCGCCUACGGGUUGGCGCAGUAUUUCGCCUCCGCGCAUCAUCGACAGGAGCGCGGAAUACUAUUCGGCGGCGCUUACGUGACCAAGAUAGCCCAUUCGUUGGGCUAUCAUCCGGAGAAUGACCGCGGCCGUGUAGGCCCGGCGGCACAGCCAAAGCGGAUGGGAUGA